AAACAUUCCUUAUUAAAUUUGAAGUAUACGUCGUUUUUCUUAAAGAAAAAAGGGAACCUACCAAUGGAUCAUCAUUUAAAUAUAGUAAAUUGUUUCAUUUCCUUUUACACUAUUAAGUUAAUAAAAAUAUUUAAAAUUACAAAAAUCAACUAUGAACUCUGCUCACAUUUCGACGACAUUGCGUAUAUUCCCGACGGGUCAAUGAAAUCAUUAACGUCGAACAAAAGCGACAGCAGCCGACAUUGAAACUAGCAACAACAGCAACAAAGCACAAUUAAAUAAAACGUGAAAAAACUCAGCGCGAUGGAACAAGUACUCUCAAGUGAGCAAUAACAUAAAUGCUGCACAAAAAAGCGCCAACAACAAUAUGGGGCUGUGAAUGUUAAUGAAAACUGCAGCGAAAACAAUAAAAAUAAGGCGAAAAAAACUUUAACAAAAAAUUAAAUUAUACAAUAAACAAAAAAGGUAUUUAAAUAUUUAAGGCAUUUAAGCGACGCGGAGCGAAAUCGGGAGUAUACAAAAACGCGUAGCGGCUGUGUGCAUUUUGCGGCAUGCAACAUGUAUGGGCAAAUACAAACUUUAUGAGUGCAUGAAUUUACCGUUUUUUUAACUGAAAUAUGCAGCACUUUUAUGCGUUCGUUCUCGUUGCCGGCGUUGCCAUUUAUUUAUUGAACGUUAGUUGCUAUGAAAUGUUGUGAAUUCUCAUGAGUAAUUGUUUUUUGAUUGUUGCAUGGUCGCAUGUGAGAGGUACUCACACAUAUAAAUAUGUGUAUAUGCAAACAUUUAAAGCAUUAUUUAUAUAUACAACACAUACAUAUUUAUCUGCGAUGUUUACUUAUUCAUGAAUUGCAGUUGCAGGCCGGUAAAAUACUUCAACUAUUUGCUGCUGCUCAGCGAUAGCCUGCGUUGCCAACUGCGUUUUUUUUUAUUUAUUUACGCAUUUUUAUUCUUCACUAUAUUUUUUGUGUUGUUGUCACUGCGAAUGUAAUCCAUUGCAAUGGUUGAAUGCCAAUGAAAUAUUCUGUUGAAAUUGAUUUUUUUUUAAUUGCUUGAUUCAUGCAACAAUUUUUUGCUGCUAAACUUUCAUAACUGUUUUUUGGUUUAUAUACGUUUUUUCUUUCAGCGCUUGAUUGGCCUCUAGGCUUAUUUGUAAUUGUAUUUUUUCGAUAAAAAUAAUUGAAAGGAUUUUAAGCUCCAGUAAAGCUUAAAUAUUAAAUAUAUAAAUACAACAAAGCUUUCCUUCACAACAUUUUUAUACUUGAGAGAGAGCCAGCUACACAGCGAGAGAUAGCAGAUUCUCGAAAAAAUUUAAUGCUAUAACGACUUGGAAGUAUGACAAAUCCAACAGCCAAUGAAGGUCUCUCAAAAUUGCAUAUCCAGAACCAAGAAUCAUGUAACGGGGUUUUCAAUAGAGAGACGUCAUGUUUUCUCUCGUUCUUUUGACAUUUCUCUUUAGUAAGGUUUACCAUUUUAUCAUGGAAACAUAUACGAUCCAGCAACGAGUCGAAAUUAUUAAAAUAAGCUACAAUUUAUGGUUGUCAUAAUCGUCCAAUCAGAUCAACAAUUGAGCGUCUAGUGGAAAAAUUUAUAUCCAUAGGCACAAUACAAAAUGUUCCCGUGCAACUGAGACAAAACAGUGUCCGUUGUGUCGAGAAUUUUGCUGCCGUUAGCAAGAGGAAGACCCAUAUCAGUCUCUCACACAUCGAUCUUAAGCUUAGGGCAUCUCUGUGAUGUCGUUGUGGCGAAUUCGGCGACGUCAUUGGGCCGUAUUUCUUCCGCGAUUAUCAAGAUCGUCACGUUACUGUGCAUAACAAUCGCUACCGCUCAAUGAUAACCGAAUAUUUUUGACAAGAGUUGGAUGAUAUGGACUUGGUCAAUAAGUGGUUUCAACAGGACGGCGUCACAAGUCACACAGCGAAUUUCACAAUCGAUUUAUUGAAAACCAAGUUUGGAGAACAUGUUGUCUCACAAAAUGGCUCAGUCAAUUGACCGUCUCGGUCGUGCAAUUUGACGCCGUUAGACUAUUUGUAGUAUGGCUACGUCAAGGCUAUGGUCUAUGCCAUAUAUUGUUAACUUUAUGUUACCUUCCUAGAGAAAUGUCGCCGAGGGAAGGAAUUUUAACAAAGAGACAAACAUCACCAGAAAGUUACCCCUCAGUGGUAUGCCCAUAUUUUUUACUCACUCCACAGUGACUAAGAAAUGCAUCUCAAUUUCUAAUUAUACAAUAUAUAGUGUAAAAGCAGACCUUAAGACGAUUUACACGACAAUAGAAUCUAGGAAAGCGAAAUAAACCCGGAUUACUGCAAACUACUUACUUCUGUACUAUUACCAAGAGAUGUUCAUUGAUCCUUUUGUAUUUGAAAAGUAUAUAACCAUUUUAAACUUAAAUGGGUCUCUGGCCCUGUAGAUUUACCUAUAAGAAGGUAGUGCGUUGUCAGACAAUUUACCCAAAAAAAGGGACAAACUGAGCUAAAAACAUUGCUAAACUGAUACUGCCAGAACCAUUAUCUGUGACUGGUCCACCCACACACUAUCUUGCGAGAGCACCAGAGAGAAAAAUGAGACGACACUGUCUUCAAACAUUGCAAAGAUGAAAUUUUGACUGGAACUUGCACAAAAUGGUAAGAUGACAGUGGGCUUUUAUAGAGCAGCUUUUCACAGUGCUUUUACUAUAUUGCUAUGUACUAAAAGUCUCAAAAAUUUAAAGAUGCAAAUUUUAACCAAAACACAUUAUGGAACAACUUGUUGACAACGGGAUGAUAGGAGUAUAAAUAUAAUAUACUAGAGCGGGUCGAUUUACAGGGAGCCAACAAAAAAAUUGCGCAUGUAGGAAUUGUUCUACCAAACCUGCUGAACAAAUUUGCCCAAGAGACUAUGGAUCUGAAAAUUAAGUCGUAGAUGCUUUUUGGUAUUCUGUUGAUCAUUUGUCGGAAUCGACCAGAUCGAACGACUAUAUCACGUAACUCCUAUACAACCGAUUAUUCAGAUUUUUUAAACUUCGACAUAAAAAUCGCUGGCACGAAACUGAUUUUAGACCCACAGGCAAAGCUCGCUCUUAGGCACAGUUGUUCAGAAUGAGAGAUCACAUUACACGAAUAUUUCGCUCAUUAAAUUUGUAAUUUUUUUUGUUAUUUCUGAAUUCAGCAAACGAAAUCCCAAAAUUCAAUUAGAGGCUCUAAGUAAAAAUGAAUUUAUUAGCAAACGAAAACAUUUGCAACUGAAAGCGAAAGCGUAAAUGCCAAGCGCCUAGCCGCAGUGCAAUGGAGAUGAUGCGAAAAGAGUGAUUAAAAUGCUAAAUAAUAACAACGCACUCAUACACAUGCGAAUGAGCAAUAUCAGUGGCGACAUCUAAUGUCCGUAAAAUUAAACAAAAAAGAGUCAUUGAAAAGCUGUAAAAACCAGCAUGAGUGAGUCACUGGUUAGGGGAGGUGCAGCUUGUUUUUGUAAUAUUUUCUUUUGCUCUUAUUUUUAUUGUUUUUUUUUACAAUGAAAUAAUAUAAAAAUAAAUGUGGAAAUUUUAAAAAUCUAGUACAUAAGUGUAGAAUGUGUAUGUAAACAUAUAUGCGUAAAGUAUCGCCAUCAAUUUGAUAUCAACGACCAAAUUCAAGGCUAAGCGAUUAUCAGUAUAAACUUGUGUAUUAUAUACAUGUAUUUAUGUAUUCGAUGUUUAAAAGUUACAUGCAAAGCAAGUAGAGAAAAUUAAUUUGCAUAUAAAUAUCAUUCAUAUGAUAAUAUGAAUAUAAAGGGGAAACCUUUAACAAGCACAAAGAAGAUAAUUAGGUCAUUAGUACAGUAAUUAACCAGUUAAAAUUUUGGUUAUUAAAUAUUUUACAUUACACAUUAUCACAAAUUACUUAAUUUAGUAUUUUUCUGAUUUUUUUCCCAGUUAUCCCGAUACCUCAAUGCCGCAUAUGCCCGAAAUAUUAAUGAAAAUAUUACUUUUUCUUCUACCUGCUCAAUACACAAUACUCAGCGGUAGAAAUCGAAAUAAUCACGUUAUGUAAAAUGUGGUGAUCAAUCAAGGCCAGUCCAGGUAACCAACCGAACUGAGGCUUUGACGAGUAUCAAAUUACGAUCAUGUUAUUAACGGGUUACAUAGGUUUCCUCGGGUAAAAAACGGCCUUUUUUCAAUAAUUUUUUUCUCAUCUAAAAAAUGAAAUAUUUUAUUAGAAAUUACAAACAUACACUAUUAACAAAGAAAUCCUCUUUCUAUUUCGUCUAAACUUGGAUCAUUUAUUGAUUUCAAUACGUUUGCUUAAAUUUGAGUGAUUACCUUUAGUGGUUUUAGUUGGUUUUUAAAGAUAUAGAAUUUUCUAAAGGAAUAAUUGUCAAAAUACGCUUGAAAAAGUAGAGAAAAACUCCGCAUUUAGAGUAUAAAUAAAUUUAAAGAGGUAGUUGGUAUUCUUCGCUUCCAGAUUAAAGCAAAUCCUUGGCAAGUUCAAGUAACUUAUCACCAAAAUAAUAAUUUGUUUAAUUUUUAUUAAUUCUUUAGAAAACAUACAUGCUUUUCUUAAGUUUUGGGACUGCAAAAAUCAUUGGCAUAAGUGCGGAUUACUUUGAAGGCGAGUGUAAAAUAUCAACUGAAAAUUUCCUAAGGCCGCCUCAAGAAAUCUAUUAUAUUCCGACACCAAUAUUUUAUUCUUUAAAGUAUGCAAAUUUCUUUCGCCUUCUAAAUAUUUUUAAUUUUCUUAGACAAAAAUAAUUUUUAUUUUUUUAUUUUUCCAUAGCUAGGAAAAAUAUAAAAUAAUACUGUUUUGUCAAAGGUAAAAGGUCUAAAAGUUGAAAAUUUACCCAAAUUUUUUCCAAAAAUUAUUUGCGAAGCUUAUUUCAAAAGAUUGUAACUCCAAAAGCAAAUAGUCUUCUCUUUUCUGCUCUCGGUCAAACAUAUAAACAAUUUACGAAGAAGCUUUCGUUCGCAAAAUGAAAGCUCGUGAUUCGGUGAAAGGUACAAUACAGCUCGAACUCAAACGAGCAGUUAUCCAGAGUUACAUGGAAUAUAUUUUCUCUCGAAUAAACUGAUUGAGAUGAGAAUGAUAAGUAUUAAGCGUGAUUUUUUUUUGUAUACCUACAAACACACUGUCCUAAAUUCAUAGUAUGUAACCCACGCUCUCGCUCUCUCUCUCUCAACUUAAUAGAAGCAACAUUUUACCUGCUUGAUACUUGUAAAAAAGCAUAAAAGCCGAGCCACCUUCGCUUUAUGGUCAUACACAUGCGGUCAUUGCUGGCUACAAAAACUCUAAGAGGUUCAAAUAUUAAUUUUAGUAAACACUGUAUUUUUAAAAGACUUUUAUGGGUCAAAUAUUGCGUAAAAUUUCUAACACUCUCUUACCAAACACUCUGUUCACCACAUGCCUGAAGCGCAGACGCAAUCUACAAAAUAAAAGCAAUGCAGCCAAAAGACAACGUAUUCCCUACGAGGAACCUUUGAAUUCGGUGUAUGUAACACAUUCAAACGUAAGAAAUAUUGCACCCGAAAUAAUAAGACCUUCAAAAUACAUGUACGUUGAUAAUGCAAAACCUAACACUAACGAAGAGGAAAUUCCACACAAAACACACACCGUACUUAUAACUGUAUUCAAGAAAGAACCAGAAGAAACUGCAGUACAAAUAACACCAACAAUUCAGAACCACCAGAUAAAACAAGAAGAAGUUACAGCGCAAACAUCGGCACACGAUCAAGUAAGAGAAGAAGUGACUAAUACUGAACGUCAAUUAAUCAAAGAAGAACCGAAUGAACGUGACAACGAGAGUGACAGAGAACAACUCUCCGAUGAGUACUCAACUGAAAUAACUGACGAUAUCAGCAGCUCGAAUAUAACUGAGCAAGAAACAGAUGAGGACGCACAUAUGAUAAAACUAGGACCGAACGGUACAACGAUACCGAAAGCGAAGUACGACAAGAUUCGUUGGUCUAGCAGUUCGUUUGCAACACGAAAACUGCUUAUGUGCGUAUUUGGCGCCGAAACGCUUGCUACGCACUCCUUCAGCGGCAGGAUCGCGCCAUUGUACUAUAAGCAUAAAGAUACAAAAAAGCCCAGAUUGGAUCCAGACAAAGUAGCUGAUAUAAUUUAUUGUAUACAGAAACGAUUUAAAUGCUCAGAGAAAACAAUUCGAGCUGUGAUCUCUUCAAAAUGCGGAGACGAAGCGAAAAAAUUUACAAAUUUGAGAGAUGCAAAUAAGUUUUGCAAAUUUUGAGAGAGAAAAAUAUACAUAAAAUUUGACGAAUCUCUUAUUUUUGUUGUUUUGUGUUUAAUUUUAUAAAAUAUAGGGACUGUUCGGGAGACAGGCUGCAUGGAAAUACUGCUUUGAAAUAUGUCUAUUUUUAGGCCUCAAAAAUCCAUUUCGGGAUACUAUCAAUACAUAAAAUAUAAUAAGUGUCUAAAAAGAGCAUUCUAUUUGAUAUAACUAAUUUAUUUACAAUACAAUGUUUACUAAAUUCGCUGAACUAAUUUCAUUAAAAUUUCAUUUUAGCUUCAGUAUUCUUAUAAGAAUAAAAAUAACCGCUAGAUGGCGCAGAAGACCAUUCUAAAAUAUUGGCUCGAUUGAAGUUCGAGAUGCAAAUUAAGUCAGAUAGUCUUAAAUAACACUUACACUAAGUCGAAAUUGGACACUGUUUAUUACGGAGCACGGCUAACACACUUGUUACAAAUCAGUUACUUUGUAAUCUAUUAAAAAAUUUAGGCAAAACUACAUCCUACAAUGUAUUAUGUCAACUACACCUGUGAUCUUUCAUUUUCAACCUGUGCUCUUCCAUUUUUUAAAUACUCUUUUUUCCUUCGACGGUUUACGUAUACUCUCUCUUCGAUGCACAAUCGCCUGAUGGCCUUACGAAUUUCUCUUUCAGAGCAUUUAAAUACAUUUUUUACACAAUAUAUGAUAUCAUCCACUACGAGUGGAUUCAGUUGCGGUUUUCGUGAGGUGAGAUACGGUAUGGACAAGAGGGAACAUGUAUGAGUAGCAAGCGUUUCGUGGUCGAAUACCAUCCGUGAAAGUGCGCGUGUAACAUGGGAAACUGUGUCCCAGUCAAUUUUGUUGUAUUCUUGCUGCAAUACGGCUGUGCCAUUUAGUCCUAAGAUAUGUAAAUCA